GCGUGUCUCAUUUUUGUCUCUGAUGCUCAGAAUAGGUGACAAAAAACUAUUUUCCUGUCUCCAGAGAAUGUGACUUGGUUUUCAUUUUAGGAUUGCCUCUCAGAACAGUUUUUGUUUUGUCAUCAGGAAUGGAAAAUCUCACGCCGGAACAAUGGCGCGAGAUUAUGAACAAGAAGAUGCAGUUCCGUCCGGAGCUCAUCACGGCCAUUCAGGAAGGGAAAACGGAACUGCUGUGUGGACUUUUGAAGACGGGCGAUGGCAUCAUCCGCCAGCUGGACGAAUCCGAGGAUCGCCAGUGGAGGGAGGCCCUCAACCUCUCCAUCCGCCUGGGCAGCGAGGAUGCCAUGGACGCCCUGCUGCAGGGGGUGAAGUUUGACUUUAGGCAAAUUCACGAGGCCCUGCUAGUUGCUGUGGACACGAACCAGCCCAGGGUGGUGAAGCGUCUUCUUGACCGCCUGGACCAGGAGAAAGGCAACAAGAUGGAUGUACGAUCCUUCUCUCAGGCCAUCUUUGACCACUCUAUCGACAACUCGCAGUUUGCACCUGGCGUGACUCCUCUGACCUUAGCCUGCCAGAAGGACCUGUAUGAAAUAGUCACCAUGCUCACCCAAAAAGGCCACAUCAUCCCCUGGCCACAUAAGAUAUCUUGUACCUGUCUGGAGUGCCGCAAUGGGCGUCAGUAUGACCUGCUGAAGUUCUCCUUGUCCCGUAUCAAUACCUACCGCGGCAUCGCCAGCCGUGCCUACCUGUCCGUCACCUCUGAAGACGCCAUGCUCAGAGCUUUCAGUCUCAGCAAAGAGCUCCGCAUGCUGUCACAAAAAGAGCCAGAGUUCAAGCCUCAGUACCUCAGCCUGGAGCAGCUCUGCCAGGAGUUUGCCGUCGAGUUGCUGGGCAUGUGUCGCAACCAGAGUGAGGUGACCACUAUUCUGAACAGCUGUGGAGAUGAGAGUCAGGAUGCCUUAGACGAGCAGGCCUUUGAGGAGGGAAUACCCAACCUGUCACGUCUGCGGCUCGCCGUUAACUACAACCAGAAACAGUUUGUGGCACAUCCAAUCUGUCAGCAGGUGCUGUCAUCCAUCUGGUGUGGGAACCUUUCGGGCUGGAGAGGCAGCAGGACAGUCUGGAAGUUGUUUGUCUCUGUGGGGAUCUUUCUCACCAUGCCUAUUCUUUGUCUCGUCUACUGGAUUGCACCAAAGUCAAAGAUAGGAAAGAUCCUAAAGAUUCCUGUCAUCAAGUUUCUCCUACACUCUGCAUCCUAUCUGUGGUUUCUCAUCACACUCCUCGGAGAAUCGAUUACCAUGGAGCUAUAUCGAGACAAAUUUGCUUCCCGGCAGCAGAACAUCUUGCACAGCUCCUUCCACAUGGUGUGGGUGGUUGGAUUCUUCUGGUAUGAGUGUAAGGAAGUGUGGAUAGAGGGGCUGCGGAGUUACUUCCUAGACUGGUGGAACUGCUUGGACAUGAUGGUGCUCAGCAUGUACCUUGCGUCCUUUGCCUUACGUGUGCUCAUUAUGCUCAAAGGCCACUUCCUCUGCCAUGAUCACAUCGGCACAGAGGAGUGCGUGUACUUCACCCAGACUGUACGUGAUAGCUGGCAUCAGGAGGACCCUCAGCUGAUUGCAGAGGUGCUGUUUGCAGUGACCAGCAUGUUGAGCUUCACACGCCUGGCGUACAUCCUGCCAGCCCAUGAAUCUCUGGGAACGCUGCAGAUCUCCAUAGGGAAAAUGAUCGACGACAUGAUGAGAUUCAUGUUUAUAUUGAUGAUCAUAGGAACAGCCUUCCUCUGCGGCAUCAACAACAUCUAUGUUCCUUAUGUCAUCUCUCCUCACCUUGGCAGGUUUAACGAGACGUUCCACUUCUUAUUCUGGACCAUGUUUGGCGUGGCCAACCAGGACUAUGUGGACAUGCCUCAGUUUGUGUUGGCAGAGUUUGUAGGAAGGAUUCUCUAUGGCAUCUUCACUCUUGUCAUCGUCAUUGUGCUCCUCAACAUGCUCAUUGCUAUGAUCACCAACUCCUUUCAGAAAAUUGAGGAUGACGCAGACGUUGAGUGGAAAUUUGCCAGAUCAAAGCUGUACCUCAGUUACUUUAGAGAAGGCCUCACCAUGCCUGUGCCUUUCAACAUCAUCCCCUCACCCAAAGCUUUCUUUUAUAUCUUAAGGGGCAUUUUCAGACGAAUCUGCUGCUGCUGCAAUUGUUCCCCCGAGCAAAAAUAUCCCCCUAUAACUUCUAUGUCCAACGAUAAGGGAUCUGAAGAAAGCCAGAUACCUUACCGGCAGCAGGUGAGCAGGGCUCUGGUGCAGCGAUACAUUGAGUCGGCUCGCAGGGAGUUUGAGGAAACUAAGAGGAAAGAUAUUGGUAAUCGAAUCACUGAGCUGAGUAAAGCAGUCGCCAGGAUGCACAACGAUAUGAAAAUCCUCCAGCUAGUUCCAACGGAUGAUGGACAUGCUGCAAGCAAUCCACUGACCAGGGAUGGCUCUUCAAUACUUGGGAAAUACAUCAUUGGAGCCAAGAACAAUUUCCGAGGUUUUAACACCAGACAAGAUGACAAAAACACUUCACUCAAGGUGACAGUGCACCAUGAGGAGGGAGAGGUGGAAAACGAAGUGGGUGACUCAGAUGCACAACAGGAACAGAAUCAGGUGGGCGAAUGUGGGGCAGAGGAGCCGAAGCAGGUGACAGACUGCGACGUGGUGAAAAUGGAGGAGGGCAGAGCUAAAGAAAAACUAGGGAAUCAGAAUGAAACGGAGGAAACGGAGCAAGCGGAAGCAGACAGUCAUAAAAAUGAAGCGAGAGACGAGGCGACAGAAGGGACGGGUUUAAAUCGCGCAGAAGAGAAGGUGGAAGCCGAGGCCGCACAGGAUGAGGCAGAAAAGGGAGGGGAGGGAGAGACGAACACAGGGGUGAAAGUUAGUGAAAAAGACGUGAAGAUGACCCCUGAAGGCUCUGUGAGCGACAACGUAAGCUAUGAAAAGACAGACACAAAACAAAUCAUUACCAAGUUCAAAGAGAUAGAGCUGCAAGAAAGAAAAGUGGAGGCAACAUGGAUGAAGAACAGAAAGUUUGAGCACAACAAAGCAGAGAAAUCUGGCGUUAGGGGGAACACAGAAAAACCUGGAAGCAAGAAAACCAUUCCCUCACCAACAGGAAGUAGCAGCUCUCAGGACACGGGCUUUGGUUCCCAGGAAGGGGACGGAUCCAUCGAUAGCGCAGUAGGGCAGCCUUAAGCAGGUUCAUGUCCCUUUUUUGCAGAGUUUGGCCCUUUGGUCAGUUUACCAAAUAUCUGGUGAGAGGUUAUGUGCUAAAUAUUAAUUUGACAUUUUUACAUAGCUUUGAAAACUCUUAAAUGCUAACAUUCUGAGAAAUAGAAGAAAAAAAAAUCUGUUCAUUUCAAGAAACUGAAGUGGGAGUAAAUUGGAGUUAUAGUGCCUUAAGAAAAUAACACACACUCACACAUAUUAUGCCACUACAAGUAGUCACCACUUUAAACUGCGAAAUGUGCUGGGUUUCAUUUGACAGCUUAUUAAAGUCAAUAUUUCACAUCCUAGCUGUACUGUUCAACAACAAAGAUGCUGUUAUCUGCUAUUGAAAUAUCACAAAGAAUAGCCCUGUAUCCAGUUACUUAUUUCACAAUAUUGUUACUCUGUAAAGCAGUUAAUUAAUAAAUCAUUUGAA